ACCCGGAAGUCAAGUCAAGAACUCUAUUACAUUCUUGAGCGAAGCUUGAAGGGUAGCGUAUACGCGAAGGAAGUUUACUGCUCUUCAAAUUAAGGAUUAUUCAACGUCUAAUCCACACCAGAUUCAAAUAAAUGACUUGGAUUAGUUGAAAUUGGACAUAAUCUUUGAAGCGACGGAAAUAUGAGUGUACAGGCAGAUAAGGAAGACGGGAAACAUGACAGAGUAUGAGUGCGCGUUGACUCGUGCUGUGCUGAAAGUCACUGUGCCACUUUGGACCGUAACACCUAUAUCGCAAUCCUGAAACGUGGAAUAUGUCUUAUUUUCACCUUCUGUUAAUUUAAUGGUACAAAUUUCUUUUACUUUUGUAACAACUGACUGAAAAAUAUCAUGCGAAGCAUGUGAAAAAAAAAUCAAAGAUCUACAAGACUCUUCUUGGCCAUCCAUCCAUCAAACCUUCCUGUUCUAAAUGCCCGCUUUAUAUCUCCAUCCAUUUCUUCCUUCCUGAAUCCUCUGUCCCAUCCCGCAUCAGGCCAUGCUCCCCAAGAGAAGUUCUCUUAUUAUUUUUGGUGCUUUCAUAUUUGUAGCUUGGAAUGUCAUUCUUAUAUUUGUCUUCAUGAGACGCCCUUCCAGUCAAGGGUCUCUGGACAGCCAUGGGGAACCUGGUAACACAGGGGACGAAGCCGGAGGAGGCAAGUUCGCAUAUAUAAUGAAUGAGGUGAUGCGCGUAGCCGAUGCAUUUGAAGCUGAACUUGAAUCGCAGAGGAAGAUCCUAUUGCAAAUCCAGAACCAGUGGUCAGUUUGGGAGAACAAAAGCGGUGAGACAGCUGCUAAUCAAAAUGUAGAACAUUCAUCUCCGGUGGUCAUCCCUAUUUUAGUCAUUGCCUGUAAUCGUGUGACCGUGAAACGCUGUCUUGACAAACUCUUUGAGCACCGACCGUCGGCCGAGCUCUACCCAAUCAUAGUGAGCCAGGACUGCGGACACGCAGAAACAUCUGAUGUGAUCGCCUCGUAUGGCAGUCAGCUGACCCAUAUCAAACAGCCUGAUCUUUCAGAUAUCUCAGUACCCACACAGCAUAAGAAGUUCCAGGGUUACUACAAAAUCUCGCGGCAUUACCGUUGGGCGCUCAACCAGGUUUUCAACACCUUUUCGUACUCAACGGUUGUCCUUGUGGAGGAUGAUCUGGAGGUGUCCUCUGAUUUUUUUGAGUACUUCAGAUCGCUUCAUCCAAUUUUAAAAUCAGACCCAACUCUGUGGUGCGUGUCUGCCUGGAAUGACAAUGGCCGGGAAGGAUUUGUGGACCCUGGAAAAGCGAGCCUGUUGUACAGGACAGAUUUUUUCCCAGGCUUGGGCUGGAUGCUCACAAAGGACCUCUGGGCAGAGCUUGAGCCAAAAUGGCCAGCUUCAUUUUGGGAUGACUGGAUGCGGCACCCCGAUCAACGCAGAGACAGGUCUUGCAUCAGGCCAGAAAUUUCCAGAACUUUAACAUUCGGCAGGAAGGGUGUGAGUUUGGGGCAGUUUUACGACAAGUACCUCCGCUUUAUCAAGCUCAAUACUGAAUUUGUGCCUUUUACAAAAAUGGACCUGUCUUAUUUAGAAAAGAAUAAAUAUGAUGAGAGCUUUGAGAAGGAGGUUUACGGUGCUCCGGUUGUCACCGUGGAAGAUUUGCAGAGUGGGAAACUGUCUGGGUCUGGCCCCUUUCGGGUGCAGUAUUCUAGUCCUGAUCGUUUUAAAACAUUGGCUCGCAGUCUUGGCGUAAUGGACGACCUGAAGUCAGGAGUCCCACGAGCUGGGUAUAGAGGUGCUGUUAGUUUCCUUUUUCGUGGAAAGAGAGUCUAUUUAGCUCCACCUGCUGGUUGGAGUCAAUAUGACCCAAGCUGGAGUUGAGGUGGGCUGUGCCUACCUCACAAGAUUUAUUUUUUAAGGUACAUAAAAAUUUACAUACAAAUAAUAUAGCAUGUUAUCUGUUACCAUCAUUCCCUUCACAUCAUUCAUGAGAGUAAUUGUCUUAAAAUUCCAUUGUGCUGCUUUAUGAUGGAAAAACUUCCAGAGGGGUUUCAGGAUGAAGAUAAUAUGAUGCCAAAGACAAUAACAGAUUAAUUGAUCACUCAGAUUUUUUCCUCAGGUUUCAUUAUGUGUUUAUAUAAUGUCAACUAGGAUUUACGUGAGAACUUUGAUUAGUCGCUUCAUUAAACUGACAGAUUAAACUGAAAUCUUAUACUGACCAGCUAUACAUUUGUCACACAAAGAAUAUUUGUUUAGGAACGGAAAAUUAGGGUGAAAUAUGAUAAAAAAAAGUAACGUUUUUUUUUUUUAAAUUGUGAAUACUGCUCUAAGUGCCUUUAAAUAUAGGAUGUUUUGAUUCACUUCUGUGUACUGUCUUUAUUAUUAAAUCAUGUGUAUGGUUCAUUGUGAUUGGAAUAUGUUGAGAAAAAACAUGAUUAUGUUUUGUGUUUUACUUAUAUACUGGUAUUUUUGAGAGGAAAAUAAAUGUUUUGUUAAAUUUAA